AUCUGAAGACGCUCGCAUGCCGACGAUCCUAUUUAAUAAUAAGACUUAACUAGUGGCCACAUUUUGCGAGAGUGUUCAAGAAAGAAAGGGGAUAUAAUAUGACGCCAAGAGGUGGUUUUGUGGUUGCUGUGUGGUGCAUUCUGGGAUUAUUUUGUGGCCGGUCGGAGUCUUUUAGAUGUUACGUUUGCAUAUCCGACCCGAACGACGAAGGUUGCGGCGACCCUUUCAUGACGGGCACCAAGGAGGGUGAUUGUGUCAUGUGUGGCAAAAUCAAGGGGAAGCAGAGCGGCAUCAUGGUGGUAACCCGUACGUGCUUGAUCAGCGCCAAAUUGCCCGCAAAUAUAGCAGCAGAAUGCAAAUCCGAGGGCAAAGGAACACCAAGAGAGCACAUCUGUUACUGUAAUACUGACCUAUGUAACGCCUCAACACGCGCCUCCAUGACAACUGUCUUGCUCUUUCUUCUACCAACACUCGUUCUGUCCUCAAGAAAUUAUAAUUGUAUGUGAUGUGAAAUUUUGUAGUGGCAAUAGGAAUGAGAACUUUCGUUUGUGCUAUUUGUCACAGACUUGUGAUAUUAAUGUUGAAUAAUCGGACAUAGUUCAUAAUUGAAUUUAACACACAUAGUCGAUCAUAGAUAUGGAAAAAAUCGAAUGCGUGUUUCCAUAAUAGAUAUUGGUAUUAAAAUAAUAACACUUCAUUUCAACAACUUAUAUACAUUUAAAUUUUGGCCUUACAUAUAGAAUGACAGAAAAACGAAAUUUAACAAGUAAAUUAGGUUUUGAAUAUUAGGAAAACCCAAUUGGGUUUAUGGUGUUAAAUCAACUAAUGGUAUUAUACCCGUUAAGGCUAAGGUAUUAAUUAAAAUAAGUACAUUCGAUGACAAUCUUUUGUAUGAUUUUUCGAUUAUAUUUAACCAUUGUGCCAAUUAUGUCAUAUCGAUGGCUUCACUUCAAAAUGCCGAAGCUGCAUUUUUUCUGUUUCGGAACUUUUACAUCGCUAAAUUAGCCACAUCUAACUGCAAAAUGCUGAGUAAAUAGUCCAGUGUGAAAAUGGUGUUGUAUCAUGUGAUCAAAAUGUCGAGCAAUGAUUGGACAUCUCACAGAGAAGCAAAAAUGCCGAACCUUCAGAAAUUGUACCUACAAAUAUUGAAACUUUGGCAUUUUGUAAAACAAUGUGUGAUAACCAAAAUUAAAUACUAAAAAAGUGGUUACUGAAAACAUGGAAUUUUAUAGCUUCAACAUGCGGAAGUGAGUCCAUCGAAAUGCGUUUUGUCUUUGUACGGUAGCUCAGAUUUUAAUUACGUUUAGAAUUAUGUUAUACGAUUUCACCUGUACCAAUUCAAUAGUAUACAUUUAUACAGAAGAGAGACGCAAAAACAUUUUGAUUCCCAUUCUUAAAGGUGUUCUUAAGUGAUUUUUGCCUCGAUGUUAAAUUAUUCAAUUGUUUAUGACAAAGUAAUAUUCUAUACCUUGAGUACGACUGCUGUUUAGCACGUGAUAAAUUACGUCAUAAAUGCUACGUCGGAAGGCAAUAUUUUGCUUGUAGAGUUGAUAUGAGUUUUUAAUCAUAGAUAAGUCAUUAAUUAUGACCAACAACGCCUCGGAGUCAUAGCUGAAAUAUACAGACUCUUACAGAAGUUAUACUCUAACAAACUAUAUAAGUAAUUAUAUAUACUACGGUACAUUCCCGUCAUAUUAAAUGAACAUGUAAUUUAUGUUGAGAAAAGGCGACAGUCGAUGUCAUUGUGCUCAAGUGAGGACGUUGGAGAGUUCAUGACGAAAACUUUUUGUGAGACAAUAAAUCAGCAUAGCUUUGCUUCCUGGCCAACAAAUAUUAUCAGCUU